CCGUGUCACGUGACUGCUGCGUCUUUAACAGCCUGCCUGGUUUUUCCGGACACACCGGAGCGAGCGGAGGACACGAUGCGCACACUACUGACCUUGUCCAUCACCUUGUUGUUCAGCUCGUUGGUCUGGAGUGGAUAUCUGGAAUAUAACCAAGAUGUCCUGAUACCAGAUGACUGGACUCACGUGGGCCGAGUCGAUCCCUCAGAGGAACUCGAGCUGACCUUUGCCUUGAAGCAGCAACAUGUUGACCUGCUGGAGGAAACACUCAGACUGGUGUCAGACCCUGACUCAGCACAAUAUGGUAAACACCUCACCCUGGAGGAAGUAUCCUCACUCCUGCGGCCGUCUGAGCUGACCCAGAAGGUGGUGCGUCAGUGGCUGCAGAGUCAUGGGAUUACAAACUGCCUCACUGUUCACACUCAGGACUUUUUACAGUGCACCAUGACUGCAGAGGUUGCAGAGACGUUGCUUCCAGGCAGCAAGUUUCACCGUUACACCAGAGACAGCCAGUCUGUAGUGAGGUCUUCAGCUCCGUACUCUGUGCAUGAUGCCGUUCACCAGCACCUGGACUUUGUUGGAGGGCUUCACCGCUUCCCUCCUAAAGUGCAGCAGGAAACCAAAGCUUCUUCCAACCGGAAACAAAAGCAGUCUAAGGCAGGCGUGCACCUUGGAGUGACUCCCGCCAUCUUGAGGGCUCGCUAUAACCUGACAGCAACUGAUGUGGGGAAGGCUCACAACAACAGCCAGGCUGUAGCUCAGUUUUUGGAGCAGUACUUCAGCCCCGCAGACCUCGCUGAGUUCAUGACCUUGUUUGGCAGGAGCUUCCCGCAUCGCUCUCAGGUGGACCGGGUUGUGGGCACUCAGGGAGCAGGGAAGGCCGGUGUGGAGGCCAGUCUGGAUAUAGAGUACAUCAUGAGCACGGGGGCAAACAUCUCCACGUGGUUGUUCACCAAUCCAGGUCGUCACGAAUCCCAGGAGCCGUUUCUCCAGUGGAUGGUUUUGCUCAACAACAUGACGGAUCUGCCGUGGGUUCACACCAUCAGCUACGGAGACGAUGAAGACAGCCUGUCUACCGCGUACAUGAUGCGCAUCAACACAGAGUUCAUGAAGGCCGGGGUCAGGGGAAUCUCUUUGCUGUUUGCUUCUGGUGACAGCGGAGCAGGCUGCAGACAUUUCGGUAAAGGGCAAAACACCUUCAGGCCAAGUUUUCCUGCCUCAAGCCCAUAUGUGACUACAGUUGGAGGAACCUCAUUCAAAAACCCCUUUAAGGUCACAUAUGAAGUUUCAGAUUACAUUAGCGGCGGUGGCUUCAGCAACAUCUUCAAGAUGCCUGACUACCAGGUCAGUGCAGUGAAUGCAUAUCUGAAGACUGUGGCAGCAACCCUCCCUCCUCAGUCGUACUACAAUACCAGCGGCAGAGCCUACCCAGACAUGGCAGCCCUAUCUCAUAAUUACUGGGUUGUCGUCAACAGAAUACCCACCCCCUGGAUAUCCGGGACCUCGGCGUCAACUCCUGUGGUCGGAGGCAUGCUGUCUCUCAUCAAUGAUCAGCGGCUGCUAAAGGGCCUGCCUGCACUGGGCUUCCUCAACCCUCGCCUCUACAAGCUCAAAGGACAGGCACUGUUUGAUGUGACCGAAGGCUGCCAUCUAGGCUGUCUGGAUGAGCAGGUUCAAGGUGAAGGUUUCUGCGCUGCCCCGUCGUGGGACCCAGUUACAGGCUGGGGGACACCAAACUACCCUGCACUGUUGGCUGUCUUGCUAGCUGAGUGAAAAAAAAGCUGCAGUUGAUUUUAAAACUGGGGCAAAUCAGGGCGGUCUCUGCUCUGAGAGCAGGUACUUAUACACUCAUUCGAACUCUUGAUCCAGGUGCCUGAUACCAAAGGCUGGCAGGCCUACACUAGAUUCAUGCCUUGUUUUAUCCGGUUAAUUUGAAGUUGUAAGUCUGUUUAUCCAGUAUUCAGCGAUUGUUUUAUGUCAUCAUCACUUUUUUCUUUUUAAGGAUGUGUUUUUAUCAGUAUCAUUUUAUUUUCUCCAAAAGGCUUUAAACUGUUUCCUCAGAUAUUUUUAGGUCGGGGAUAGGGGUGGUUUGGGAUUUUCAAGGUUACACUGCAGUUGCCUGUUUCUGCUGUUCACUGCAUAUUUACUGCCCCAGAUUUCUCUGAAUCUCUCACACAAACUUACAGGUAGACGCAGAGCAAUAGUAAAUGUGGGUAAACUGUUUGCUAUGCAUUAAUAACAUAAACAUACUAAAAUACACACCAAUCACCUCUUAGAUGUGCACAUAUCUGAACAUUUGUUUCAUAUGAAUAUUGUCUAAUAUUUUCAAUAUAAAUCAGAAAUCCAUAUACAAGUUGCAAUAAUUUCAUCAGAUCACAAAGCAUGUAAUCGGACACAGGUUUAGUUUGUAGUUAGACUGAGGUGUGUGUCCAUCAUAAUCUUCAGGGAUGAGUCGGUACACGUCAUCUUUUCAUUCUAUAACAAAUAUUUGCAUGCAAUUUUUAAAACUGUGGCUCAUUGAUUUAUUUUAUUUUUUUUGUAGUAAAACGGGAACAAACGUCACAUGGUUUAAGAUCAAACAGGACAGUUACUUUGGUUUCGCCAUUCUGUUCUGCGGCUAUGAACUAACCAAAUGCACUGUAAUAUGUGGGUUAAAAGUGAUUCAGCUCUUCUACCCACCAGCAUUGUUGCACUUGUUUUUAAUACUCUGACCAUGUAAAUCCUCCAAUCAGAUCUAUUUAAUGUGAGAAAGGUUGUCUGUGCUGUGGUGUUGUUUUUAACUGUAUUAAAGCUGGAUUUUUACUUGGUAAUGUGAGUUUGAUUGUUCAAGAGUGUGAAAGCUGUUUUUGGAAAUGUUACCACAUGUGAAAAGAGUGAAGUGUUGUUCAGGACAAAAUUGAAUGGAAAGUAAAAAGAAAAAAAAUAUAUUAAAUCAAAACUGCCAAAACA